AGCCAAGUCAGAUGAUCCAAAAUCUUUCUUCUCUCAUUUCCCUCCUCACAAAUCAGUUUCUGGGUUUUCCCCAUGUCCCACCUCAAACUCUCAAAUCCCCUUUGUUUCUGUGAUUUGCAUUUUUAAAUCUUUUCUUCAUACAUUUUCACAUAAAAUUCAAUAUCCAAUCCCCUCAUCCAUCAUCAAUCAAAUCGAAUUCCUCCAACAUCAAUGGCAUCCACUUUGUUCUCCGCCCCAUCUUUCCAAGGCCUCAGGCCUCUCAACAAGCCCACCGACACCCUCCGGGCUGCCGCCCCUGUUUCUUCCUUCCGGCCAAUCUCCACCAAGAAAUCCACCAAGUACGGCGGAGUCAAGGCGGAGCUGAGCGCACCCCUGGUCAUCAGCUUGAGCACCGGAUUAUCCCUCUUCUUGGGCCGCUUCGUGUUCUUCAACUUCCAGAGAGAAAACGUGGCGAAACAGGUGCCGGAGCAGAACGGGAUCACCCAUUUCGAGGCCGGAGAUAAGAGGGCUAAAGAGUACGUGAGCUUGCUCAAAUCGAAUGACCCGGUUGGAUUUAACAUCGUUGAUGUUCUUGCGUGGGGUUCCAUCGGACACGUUGUUGCUUAUUACAUUCUGGCCACCACCAGCAAUGGAUAUGAUCCCAAGUUCUUUUAAUUUUGGUUGAUUGUUUUUUUUUUUCUUUUCUUUUUUUCUCCAAAUCUAAUUGAAAUGUUAUGUUUGGGAUUUGUUUUGUUUUUAAUUUCUUUAGAUGUGUAUAAUUUAUAGACUUCUUUGGUACGAUGGCUGAUGAUUGUUGUUGAUCAAAGAUUAUUUUUCAUCUCCCUGUGUUUUCCCCCCUACUCUUUUGCAAUUUGUUUUAUGGCAAAUGUCGAGUGAGAGAGAGGUCAGUUCGAUUCAAACUAAGUUGUGAACUUGUGACAAUAAGAUUUUAGUUUUAGCAUGAUGAAUGCAAGAUUUAUAAUGCGUUUAUGCACCAGAUUGUGACUGCUUUUUCCUCUUAGCUCCUGUUUUACUAAUUUAGCUCCAAGUGUCAAUUAGAACAACUUGAGAUUAGCGUUGUUUUGGUGCUCUAGUCUCAGACACAAGAUUGAUUAUAGCUUCUACACUAAUGUGGGCAUUCUUUAUAUGGUGGAGUGUAUUUUUUGUGAUUUAACAACUAGGACAAACCGAACUAAUCAACAAGACUAUAACCAGACUAUAAUCUCAAAAAAACAAGACUAUAAGGGGGAAAGCGGACGGUUCUUUUGUAAAACAAAGGGGAAAAGCGGCUAUAGAGAAGGAACGGUGAUGUACGAAACUGUUAAGAAAUGUUUCAGCCUCGAUGUUACACAAGCGGAGUUAUUUGCUAUCAAAUGGGCAAUGCAAACAUGCCAAUGGUACGUAUGGACGGAUGUUCGUAUUAAUACGGAUUGUAACAAGUCUCCACAGAUGGUACGUAAUGAAAUAUCAAUUCCGACAUGGUAUAGUGAUCUCAAGACAGAUAUUCUAGAGUUUGUUUCCUAUAUGUCUUACCGUAUUGUAGUUAGAAUGUCUAGAGAUAUAGAUUAAAAUGUACACCGACUA